CAACGAACUUGGUUCUUGAAACGCUCGCUGUUGUGCCAGCACUCCAAUUUCUUCCGCGCUGCAUGUUACGGGCAGUGGGAGGAAGGGAAUGAGAACCGCAUUAUAUUAGCCGAUGAAGACCCUCGUGUGUUUGCGGAUUUUGUGGACUUCAUGCAGAGUAAUAUCUACAGCUUGAAUACGUUGAUUGAGGGGUUUAAUAUGGUUCCUAGUCACGCGAAAGCUUGGGUGCUGGGCGACAAACUCGGUGCACUCUCCUUCCGCACGGCCGCGCUCCACAAACUCCACCAAUACUUCAUUCCUUACUCUCUAGACCCUUACAUCAGCGCAUUCUCCUCUCCUAUCCGUCCAAUUGAUAUCGCAUACAUCUGCACCCACACCGCGCCCCUCUACUCUCCCUUCAACCACCCAUCCUCAUCCGCCCUCCGCAGCCUCUUCUUCGACGCUGUAUCCUCCCACUGGGCCCGCAUCGACAUCCUCAACAUCGAUGAAGCCAUGGAUAUCUGUGGGGAGGAGUUAAGCUGGAGAGAUGUCUACACCGCGUAUGGAGAUUUCAAGGAUCAUUUAGUUGAUAGUUUGAAGGUGCCCGAUGCGUGGCGGAAUGUGUGCUUGAGGGAUGUGGAGGUGUAUUUAGGGCUAGGGGUGAAGAAAGAGGAGGCUGAAGAAGAUAAGGUCGUA